CACAGCAGGACUGCUGCAGGAAUAGCCAGUCGUUCGGGAAGCUCGUGUGGAGGUGGUUGUAGCACAUCCCAUCUCCAGCGAUCGCGGGUUUGUGACAUGAGCUUUAUUAAAACCCCCCGCCAAGUUUCCACACGCUAGCGUUUCAUUUACUCUAAGACGAGAUGUGAGGUGGCAGUGCCGAAAUGGCCUCGCUUUUGCUCAAACUGUGACCGUUUCAAGUGUGUCCGUGUUGAUGUAUAUUUAGUUCACUUCGUACCUUCACACACUUUAUAUUUAUAGCUUGUACAGUUCGCGUGAAACUAAUUAAAUGGAAUGACAGUGCGGUGCUGAAUGUACUUGUCCUGAUGAGAUCACGAAAAUGCUCCUCUCCGUUCGCAUGGCUGGCGGUUAUAGCGCUCAACUCACUUUGCUGCCCUUUAUCCACGGCUUCCAGACCAGGUGACACCCACGGAGAGCUGACUGCGAAGUUACAGGAGAUGCCGCAAUCGGACGCUUCCGCCGAACCAGAUAUACCCAGGACGGAUCCCUGUUAUCGGUUUAUUCUGGGGGACAGGGACAAACACGAGUUUUAUAGUCCGGGAUUCGAGGAUAAGCCCAACUAUACCAACAACACCAACUGCGUGCGAGUGUUGGAAGCUCCUGCGGCACACUUUAUCAGGCUGGACUUUCGGGACUACUUCGAAAUGGAGGGAAGUCCCGACUGUGCGAACGACUUCCUGGAGAUCAGGGACGGACUCCACGGCUACAAUCAGCUGAUCGAGAAAAAGUUCUGCGGGAAGGAGUUUCCGCCGGUUAUUGAGUCGUCCGAUCGCUACUUGUGGAUUCACUUCAGUUCGGACGAAAAUAUCGAGUACAAGGGCUUUCGGGCGGUUUACGAAUUCCUGCCAAGGCCCACGGGAUGGCUUGUGCCCGACAUCCCCAUCUGCCACCUGAAGAAGCUUCUAAUGGAAGAGGGCAACAUAACGAAGAGCGACAUUCCGGCCGAGAUCGUCGAGUUCCGCAACAAAUACAAGGUGGCCACCGACUGCAUCUGGGAAGUUCGUGUCAAGGACUACCAAAGGAUUCAGCUCCAGUUCAAGGAGUUCGACUUGGACAAGCCGAACGAAUGCGACAAGAACUUCGUGCAGGUGUUUUCAACCAACACCGAUCUGCCCAGUGAGGAGAAAAAGUUCUGCGGUUCCAUCGCUGACACGGUUUUUUCCAAGAAGAACGUCAUGUUUGUGCGCUUCUUUGCCGUGUUCAACUCGACUGAAGAGUCGCAUUUUGAGGCGAAUUUCACGGCUUAUAGGGACAUCGACAAACAGAGCGGCGAUAAGAAGCAGGACAAGUGCACUAGCGAGGAGUUCAGCUGUGAGGAUGCUACUUGUAUCUCGAAGGAGCUGCGCUGUAACGGCAGAUACAACUGCAGGUUUCGCUGGGAUGAGGACAACUGUCCAGGAGGAGCAGGCGCUCAGACGCUGACGCUGAACGACGACCACAUCAUCGUCAUCAUGGUUAUUUUUUCGCUAAUUUUGGCAGGCAUGUGCUUCACUUUUGUUUUCAACUGUGUCAAGAAACUCAUAAGGGACCACCAAACUAUUCAGGAGUACAUCCGCCAAAGCAGGGAGCAGCAGCUCAACGAGUUGGACAAACAAGAGCCGACGGAGAAGAAGCUGUCCAAAUCGGUUUCCAGGUCGCGUUCCAACAGCUCGCCCUCGAUGAAUUCGGGGCACUUUGACGUAGCCAACGCCGCCACCACCCCCUGCUACGUUCCCGGGGGCGAACUGUUGCCCAUACUCAUCCGCAACGAGCGCAGCAUGAGUCCGCCCAACGGGGAUGCUUACCACACCAACAUAUACACGGUGGACAACGAGCCGCUGCCGGAGAUGUGCGACAGCGCGUGCCAGACCCGCGAGAGCCUCUUCACAACGCAGGGCUACAGCUCCGGCAACAGCACGCCCAACCACAGCGUCCACACCAACUCGCCCCCAGCCCCCUUCAGCACCUUCGGCUACAAGAAGGACGCCAAGUUCAAGGCCGAGGCCAAGAUCGAGGUGGCGGCGAAGAAGUCGAGCAAGUUCGAGGACAAACGCCGCCCCUACAGCGUGCAAACGACCAAGUCUGCCCCCGACGUCAUCGUCACGCACUGACAGUUGUCCACCGCCGAGUGGGAGCCGUACAAGCGGCGCCACCCCCGGCAUUUCCUGAGGACGACCGAAAAACGCCUCCACAGAGACCGAAACGUCGACACGCAGACUUACGACGCCGAGUUCGGGACGUGAUAUCCGUGGGUGCGGGGUUUCCCCGAGUGCGACUUUUCUCGACGACUCUUGUGAUUUCGUUCACGUGGACCAGCUACGUUUUUCACUUUCAACGCAAAAUGUGUCUGUGUCUUCCACUUCCGUUCCUUUCCUCCAACUUUAAAUUCGUUUACAGGUUUUGGAAAACACUUGAUUUUGUCCAAAUCUCGACACCGUUUACUUGCCUUUCCUGUUAAUGUUUAUAACUGAGUUUUGAGAAAUUUUAUUGAUAGACUAAAUAAAUUGAUAUGUCUUUAA